GAUCAAGCAUGAAGAAUGAGAUUCCCAACCAAUUACCAACAGACACACUAUUCCAUAUAGUUUUUGCUCGCAAGCUGUUGCAUGCCCUCUUCUCUUUAUCAGCCCUGGCCACGACCCCAUACAAGUCUGUGCUUGCAGGUCUUUAAUUGGUGCAAUACACUGUCAUAUCUCUGUUCCCCCUGUACUUGUGCAUGCAGCUGCAGGCUCAACACUGCAUGUUUGUAAGAAUGUUACAGGGAUGACCACCAACAAGGACAAAGCCAAAAAGAAAAGUAACUUUUGAGGCAAACGCAAUCACCUACCUGUUUAUGUAUAUAUACUGCUUCUUUUAUCAUCGUGUGUGCAUCAGUUGAAAUAAUUAUGGUUUUGUUGUAAUAAUACUAUAGACAGAUGUUCAUUCCUUCUCCUAACCUCUGAAUAGAUAAGGUAGCUUCCUACAUUGUGACUGCAUGCAUCAAUAUACUCAUGCCUUUGUUUUCACUAUAGCUAUAGGAUCCGAAUGUCAUGGUUUAAUAUCUACUCUGAUGAUAGGUAUAGCUAUAAUUAUAGAAUUGACUAAUGGAAAAGAUUGCCAGAAUUGCAUGAUAUUUAAGAUACUGGUCUGAUCUAGCCUAUCUGUGUGAUAAGUCCUCUACUCAGAUCGUAGAUGUACAAUGAAAGGGUGGUGGUGUCACCGCUAUAGUAGUGGGGUAUUGGGUCUAGAAGUAGUCUACAUACAUGCACUGCAGGCACGAUAGGAACCACUAAAAUUACUGCAUGGUUACCAUGUUUGGCGUAUCCCAUUCAUUAUGGCAUCUAUCGAGUGCACAUGCAGAUUCUUAAUUCUGUCUAGACAACAAAGUAAAGAUGAUAAUAUUGUUUGCAAAAAUUAAUUGAUGAUGGCUGCAUAUUUGGAGAGACAGCAAACAUUACAUUCCAAUUACUAUGCUACUACAGUGGAAUCCCUCUAUAACGGACACCUUUGGGGAACAAUGUUUUGCCUUUUGGCCUUUAUACAGAGGUGGCCUUUGUUGAGAGGUUGUUUUGUGUUCAUUUGGGACCUGGGUGCCUGGUGCCUGGCAGUUAUAAUUGGCCUUUAUUAGGGGAGGUUGUUCCACUGUAGUUUUGAUUGUGUUGCCCUCCAUACACGACCUUUUCCCAAAACCCUAGGCCUGGGCGUGGGAUCGAGGCCAGAGGCUAGCAUGCAGCAAAACAGUAACUUCUUACUUAGUUCAUCAACCUUUGCCAAAGCAACAUAGCCUCAAACAUGGCAGCACCUGGACCAUUGGAAAGCAAGCUGCUGGAGCAUUUUAGAGAGGUCAAAUGCCCCAUUCUCCAAGAAGAAGAGCUAAAGGUCUGGUGGGAGAAAGAGGAGCUCAAAGAUGGCUUGUCAGAAUCACUGAAGGUGUUGGUGGAGAGAGGAAGACUGGGCGGGAGGACUCUUUCUGUAGGCAAAAAUCAAAUCAAAAUCUACUGGCUCAAGGAUGGAGGCCAUCAGUGUGUACUGUCUGCUCCACCGUCAACUAUGCAACCCAAUGCCUGCGCUGCAGGGUCAACUCCUGGGGCAUCCAAACGAGGUCCUAAGAGAUCACAAUCACGAUUCGUAUCACCCCUCAUCAAAGACAGACGAGAGAAGAGACCCAAACUUGAUGCAGCCAUGGAUACUGUGAAGGGCUCACUUGACUUCAGUGGUGAAGACGGUAGCUCGAGUACAGAGCUGGGGCGCUUAUCAGAGAAGAAGGCUACCUUGCUGACUCGACUGAAAGAGCGCAAAGAAGAACUAAGGAAACUGAGAAUGGUGAAGAUGUAUCGCACCAAGCCUGAGCAUCAAGGAUUGGAUGUGCUGACUCAACAGUGGAGAGAGGUGUCCCAGGAAGUUGCCCAGAGUCUGCUAGAGAGCUCCACCCACCAACCACCCCCUACCAUGCAACAACUACUAGACUAUCUACAUAUUGACCAUGAUCUCAUUCAUUAUUCAGUAGAAGAUGAAUCGUUUUAUUAACAAUUACGUUACUUUAAAUUUAUUCAAGAAUGCGCAUAUAAUUAUAUAUUAUUUAACCAUUAUAAUUAAUUCAUUCAAGAGUUCAUUCAGAAAAACAAAUAUCAUUCAAUAACAAUUAAC